AUGUUAUGCCGUGAACGAAGUCAUGAGAUCAAUGCCCAGAUCAGUGAUACGCUAUGCAAAUAUGAGAUUAUGGAAAAAAGUAAAAGGGGUGAUCGGGAAAAACUUAAUAGCCCAACUGAACAAGUUGAAAAUGAUGAUCAGAAAGGGGUAGGAAAAAUUGAUAGCUUUGAUAGCUCAGCUGAAAAAGUUGGAUAUCAAAGUGAAAGAGACGCUCAGAAAAAUAGAAAACUUGAUAGCUUUGAUAGCCCAACUGAACAAGUUGAAUAUCAAAGUGAAAGGGAUGAUCGGAAAAAGAUAGGAAAACUCGAUAGCCCAAAUGAACAAGAUGAUUGGGAAAAAGGGUAG